AUGUGUGCCGUCCUCAGAUGCGUGCCGUCCUCAGAUGCGUGCCGUCCUCAGAUGCGUGCCGUCCUCAGAUGCGUGCCGUCCUCAGAUGCGUGCCGUCCUCAGAUGCGUGCCGUCCUCAGAUGCGUGCCGUCCUCAGAUGCGUGCCGUCCUCAGAUGCGUGCCGUCCUCAGAUGCGUGCCGUCCUCAGAUGCGUGCCGUCCUCAGAUGCGUGCCGUCAUCAGAUGCGUGCCGUCCUCAGAUGCGUGCCGUCCUCAGAUGCGUGCCGUCCUCAGAUGCGUGCCGUCCUCAGAUGCGUGCCGUCCUCAGAUGCGUGCCGUCCUCAGAUGCGUGCCGUCCUCAGAUGCGUGCCGUCCUCAGAUGCGUGCCGUCCUCAGAUGCGUGCCGUCCUCAGAUGCGUGCCGUCCUCAGAUGCGUGCCGUCCUCAGAUGCGUGCCGUCCUCAGAUGCGUGCCGUCCUCAGAUGCGUGCCGUCCUCAGAUGCGUGCCGUCCUCAGAUGCGUGCCGUCCUCAGAUGCGUGCCGUCCUCAGAUGCGUGCCGUCCUCAAAUGUGUGCCAUCCCCGCAAGGUGUGCCGUCCCCGCAAGGUGUGCCGUCCCCGCGAGGUGUGCCGUCCUCUGAUGUGUGCCGUCCCCGCGAGGUGUGCCGUCCUCUGA